CAUAAUCCCUGGCGAUUGUCACAUAAUCCGGAUCGAAUGAUGUUGAGGUGCUUGCUACUCCUGGCUAUCUUCUUUUUGACAGGACCAACAACACAUGGUGGCGAGUCACGGCCAGUGGUGCCAGCAGUCUUUCUGUUUGGUGACUCGCUGGUCGAUGUGGGCAACAAUGACUACUUCCUCACGGUCGCCAAAGCCAACUUCCCUCCCUACGGCAGGGACUUCAAAAACCAAGUUGCCACAGGGAGGUUUGGAAAUGGAAAACUGCUUAGCGAUAUCAUAGCUGAAAAGGUGGGGUUUACUGGCUCUCCCCCGCCAUAUCUCGGCAUGCGUGCAUCAGGGCAGAACCUAAUGACCGGGGCCAACUUCGCAUCAGCUGGAUCGGGCUAUUAUGAUCCCACGGCACUUGAGUUUAAAGUCAUCCCGCUAUCCCAACAAUUGGAAUAUUUCAAAGAGUACAAAUCUAAGCUAACAGUGGUUGCCGGUAACAGUCAGUCUCAUGCAAUCAUCUCUGGAGCACUCUACAUUAUCAGUGCUGGUUCAAAUGAUUUUGGCCCGAACUACUACAUCAAUCCCUUACUCUUCAAGACAUUGACCGUUGACCAAUUUGCUGAUUUGAUAGUCAGCAUCUUCAGCAACACCGUCACGCAACUUCAUGGCAUGGGGGCAAGGCGCAUCGGUGUAUUUUCCUUGCCACCAUUAGGUUGUUUUCCACUCGCGAUCACGGUGUUCGGCCAUGGGAGGGGCGGGUGUGUCUCCAGGCUCAAUCGCGGCUCUCAGAUAUACAACAAAAAGUUAAACAUCGCUGUCAAUACACUGUCAAGGCAAUACCAUGACCUCAAGAUUGCUGUUCUUGACAUCUACACGCCUCUAUAUAAUAUUGCAAACUCUCCUAGAUCACAAGGGUUUAUCGAGGCAAGGCGGUCAUGCUGCGCAACUGGUACAAUAGAAACAUCAGUGUUUCUAUGCAAUCCCUUGUCAAUUGGGACUUGUCCGAACGCGACAUCAUACGUAUACUGGGACGUCGCCCACCCGUCAGAGAAGACAAACCAACUGAUAGUAGACUCAUUUCUCGUUGAGCUCGGCAGCCUGGCUGCUUAAAUCUAGUAGAUGGUGGACGCAUGCUUCAUUGAUUUAGGCGUCAAGGUGAUAAUGCUGGUUGGUUAGCUCAAAAUAAAAAUCCGUAUGCCUAUCUGGUUGUAAUUGCUUCUAUGUUUUUUGCAAGUUAUUGUAGCAUGCAUGCAUGCUUGGGAACCUCAUGAUUUAUUUCUUUACUGUAAGGCCAUCAUAUAAUUUAUGUGAUUGUAUGGCGUCCGAACUAUGGAAGAGAUACCCUUGA